CCGUGUGUGGGGGGCGGCGGUCUGUGCACGGGCGGUCAGCGACCACGCGCCGUUUCUGAAUUUGACGUCGGUUCUGCCGCGAAGGUGCCUUGCCAGAGGCUUUAGAGUUUGUACUCGUAGGAAGGUACUGAGUGGAGGCCAGCGCGAGGCAGCGGUGCGGGCGGACGGUGGAGUGGACGCCCCAACCGGCGGGUGGACUGUGGACUGCACGUCCCAGUGGAUGGUGCAGUGGCCACGCGGAUGCCCGUGACCGCUGUCCGCUGGUGGUGUCUGGCUCAGAACGGUGGUGCCCAGCCCUAGGCCUCGCCGCGCCGGUCAGUGGAACGUGCCGGACGACUUUUCAUUGCCUCUGAUCGCACGGUCGAGCCUUUGCGGUGUCGCACGGGAAGCGUCGCCAUGAGUGGCAUCCAGGAUCGGUUCAACAAUGCGAUGAAGAGCUUCACAAAGAAGGACAAGAAGGAGAAGGACAAGGAGACGCCAGACACCGUAGUAGACGACGAUGCACCACGAAAGGAUAACUACUUCAAACGGGUCAAGGGCUCUGACCCGGGCGCGGCUACAUGCCGGGGCAAGCUGCAGUAUCGCCGCUCCCGUCUCAAUGUCGACAUCAACAAACAUCUGAUGCUGCGCCAGGGGGCCGAGAACCUGCUCAGGGCGGCGGACAACAAAAAAGUCCGGCAAGCCGUGUCUCUCGAGUUGAGCUUCGUCAACUCCAACCUGCAGUAUCUGAAGGAGGAGCUCUCAGACCUGAACAGCUCCGUGGAAGUGUACCAGAAUGACAGCAAAACGCAGCACAUUCCAAUGAUCCCGUUUGGCCUGAAGGAGACCAAGCAUAUCGACUUCACCGACGCAUUUAAGGAUUUUAUUCUGGAGCACUACAGCGAGGACGCGGACAAGUACACGGCUGCCAUCCAGGAGUUCACCGACAUACGUCAGGCCAUGAGAACACCCCAGCGCAGCAAAACCGGGCUAGCCCUGCUCUUCGAGUACUACAACCAGCUAUACUUCGUCGAGCGGCGGUUCUUCCCGCCCGACCGGAGCCUCGGCGUGCACUUCGAAUGGUACGAUUCGCUAACUGGACUGCCCAGCUGCCAGCGAACGGUGGCCUUCGAGAAAGCGUCAGUGCUCUUCAACAUCGCGGCCCUGCACAGUCAGCUGGGGGCGCGCGAAGAGCGUGACAGUCCAGAGGGUCUCGACAGCACCGUCAACAACUACGUGAGAGCGGCAGGCAUCUACAGAUACAUCCUAGAGAACUUCUCGAACGCGCCGAGCCGCGACCUGGACCCGGACGUGCUGGAGGUGCUGUCGAACCUGCUGCUGGCGCAGGCGCGGGAGUGCCAGCUGGAGAGACUGACGCUGGCGGAGGAGAAGACCAAGCUGGCUGCCCGGCUCGAUAUGGGUCGGGAGGCGGCCCAGGUGUCCGAGGUGUACCACCGUCUGCGGGAGCAGAUGUCUCCACCGUCGGUGGAGGAGUCGGUGCCACCGUCCUGGCAGCAGCUGGUCCACAUCAAGGAGGUCUACUACGUCGCCCUUGCUCACCACCACUUCGCCAUCGGCCUCCUCGAGCACCAGGGGCCGCUGGGUCGGCGGGAGAUAGACACGCUGCAGCAGUCCCAGCGCAAUCGGGACGACAUUCUCGGCAUCGACCUGACCUUGCCUCGCAACGCCGCGCAGGCCAAGUAUCUGGGGAAGUGCCACCUGAACGAGGCCAUCACGCUACACGAGGAGUGUCUGCGAUUGUACCGGAUGUCCCGCGAGCUGAAGAAGCGCGAGAUGCUGCACCACGUGCUGAAGGUGGCGCUGGACGUCUCCGUGGAGCGACUGGAGAUCAUCCGGAAGGAGGACGACUUCGACGAGCCCGUGGAGCCGCCGACAAUCUCUGGCUCCUCCAAGCAGGCGCUGACGCUGCGGCCGCCGGACUUCAGCCAGCACCAGGUGCCGGACCUGUUCCGCGCGCUGGGCCCCGUCGAGGUGUUCUCAGCGCACCAUCACUGGUCGGCGCCGCGCUCAGUCACCAUCAGCCGGCAGCCCGGCGAGGGGCUCGGCUUCAGCGUCAAGAUGGAGGCGCCCGUCGUCGUCGUCGACGUCGAACCCACCGGCGUGGCAGAGCGCGCCGGCCUCAAGGAAAACGACUACAUCGUGGGCAUGGACGGCCAGGACCUCAAGUGGAGCGGUCACGCGGAUGUGGUGGCGCUCAUCCGACAGGCCGGCAGCGAGUUCAGCUUGGUCGUCGUCACGCCCAUGGACAAGACGGAGCCGACGCGGGAGCCGCCGCGGCCGCCGCCGAUGCCGCCGCUCUCGGACAAGACCUGGGGCUCGCUCUCCAGCUCGGGGCGUCAGCUCGGCGUUCUCCAGCCGCAAGCCGAGCCCGGCCAGCAGCCUGCAACGGACACGGAGUUGUAG